CAAUUUCUCUUGAGUUUCGCGCCUUAUGUCUACGACCCUUCUUCUCUCUGGCAAAUUGGCAAUGGCAACAAAAAGCAAUGGGGAAACAUGACAAACGGCUAGAUGGGGUCCAUUUCCCAAUUCUCUCUCCUCAAUCACCCAAUAUCAUGUCCUCCACUUGCCCAUUUCAAACAAAUAUUUUCCGCUAAUUCUUCCAAUUUCAGCUAUCAGUGUGCAAUGUCUGAACCCUUUUUCCAAUUUUAGGUUUUUGGUACACUUGGGAGUGAACAACUAAUUAGGGUUUUCUUUUAAAUUUACUUCCUCUGUUUAAAGAAAACCCAUUUCAGCAUUUUAGACUAAAUAAAUGAUGUUUAAAGUGUUUUUCUCCUUCAAAUUGAUAUUUUUCUGUGGAUUACUGCUUGUUGCUGAAGUUUGCUCCAAGAAACCUCAUGGUAAUCCAGCAAAAGAAAUAGUUGACAUGAUCAACAAAAACCGUACUGCCAUAAAACUCCCUCCACUGUAUGAUAGUGGUGGGCUGGGGUGCAUGGCCUUGCAGUACGCGGAGGAGUGUAAGGGAAACUGUACGAGCAGCAAUACUGUGAGCUGUCGACCCUUGGAAGACGAAUUCACACAAGUCUAUGCUCCUGAUUGUGGCGUGGAACUCUCUACUUUUGGCAUUUUAUCCGGUAAACUUGUGGGAUGCUGGUCCAACUACCUUCCAGCAUCAGAAGCCUUCUCACAGGUUCUUGUUCGGGACAAAAAGUCGUUAUCUUUCCUCACUAACAGAACACACACCGAGGUGGGAGUAGGCGUGGCUUCAACUCAUAAGGGCCAUUUAUUCUGGUGUGUAUUAUUCAGUAGUGGGCAGACUAAUUCAAGUUUCAUUCUUGAUAACUUUGGACAAGGAAUUAAACAAAAGCAAGGGUGCUUUAGUGGAACCAAUACAACUUGCAAUCAAGCAACUAGUAUCAAAGAUCCAAAUGGGACUUGGAGUCUUGGACUAAGACGCAAAAUCGCAAAUGUGCAAGGAUAUUUAGCUUUUGGUUACGGAGGAUGGUGGUAUAGCAGGCAGCAAUCCACCUUUCAUAGUUCGGGACAAUAAAAAGCCAGUCACCGAGGGUGGCUACUUGCUUUCGUGCUCUAUGCAUGGACCAUAAAUCACGGGCCGGGCUUCGGGCCUAGACCAAUGCUCAUGCAAAGCCCAUUCUGCAUCGUGACAGGUCUGGCCUUCGUGCCUUAGCCUAAUUUUACUAACGUGUUUUGUCGUGUAGGGCCGAGUAGUGUCGUGCCUUGUCGUGCUUUUUCCAAAAGAAAAUGCGGCCUAUAGCCUACGAUUUCAUGCUCGUGUCGGGCCGUGCCUUUUUCGUGCACAGGCCGGGUCGGGUUUGUUUCUCUUAUCUAACAAAUUUUGUUUUAGAAAAGUAAAGUAACAUUUACUAACUUUAUCUAUCUUGAUCAGAUAAAUAAAUAAAUGAUUGAGGCUAGUACUUUUUUUGUUUUUGGUGUAGAAAGAGGCACAAAUUGUUAGGCAAUAACUGGUGUAGGUGGGAUUCGAUCUCAUAUCUUGGAUACCACACCCUCAAGACUAGAAAGGCUCCCGUAAGAACACUUUUUCUUCGUAAAAUAUUUCUCUCAGUUAAUUCUACUCUGUUUUAAUUGAUUAUGGCUGCUGAAGUUGAUCAUGUUGGAAUUGUGAAUAAUGAACCAUCUAGUUCUUCUUCUGUUGGUACUCCUGGAGUUGGAGUUGCAUUCAGUCCUGGUGGUACUAGAGAAUGGAUUCCUUCUUGUUCCAAGGAGCUAAAACCUAUUGUUGGAAUGAAAUUUAAAGAUCAUGGGGGAAGGUGUAUCAUUUUAUAUAGCUUAUUCAACUGCUUCUGGUUUCACUGCUAGAAAACCUACUACUACACUAAGGAAGAAGACUGGAGUAGUUGCGUUUCAGUAUUUUGUAUGCAAUAAAGAAGGUUUUAGUGCCGUCUCGUAAGCCUAUUGUGGAAGUAGUUGAAGAAAAGUAAGAUAAUUUCUAGCUAAUUGCAGCAACCUCAAAAGGUGAAGGUUGAGAAUAUGCUGAAUUGCAACAAUCAAUAAGGGCGGAAGUUACAAUUAAUUCGCUUAAUUGCAACUUGUACUGUAUGUGCGCCCUGCGAACUCCUAUUUUUAAAAAAUUAGCUUUUUCACAACGCUUGUUCAAUAAAAUCGCUGCGAGUAGAUCAUUUAAAUA